AAUAUGUGGACGCAAAGUGCUCUAUGCUUAUAAACUAUGGUAUCAAAUAAAGUCGAGCCAUCUCCUGCCUCCCUCUCUCUCUUACUCUCUCUCUCCCUACAGAAGCAGAGGAUUAUCAUACUAACAGCACACAAUGUUCACACCGCCUCACCCUCCUGUCAACCAACCUCUCACAGGAGGCUGGUAGGGAUCCCCGCCAAGGGCAGCUCAAAAGAGAAAAGAAAGAAUAAAAACAUCAUGUGUCUCGGUCGCUCUUCUCGUCGCAAUGACGAUCGCUACGCGUCUCGUUGGCUGGCCCUUCUGAAGCAAGACAAUUGUCCGCCUUCACAAUACCUGCACAGGGCCUGCCAACUGUUGGCUUUUUCUGAGAAACCGUUGGCUCGUUUGCUGCCUGUACAACUAUGACUUCGGCCAGCUACUCUAAUGCCUUCUCUUGCAACUCAAGUAUUGCUUUCUCCUUAACACUUUGCAACGCGUUGUACAUCACUGGAGAAUAGGAGCUUGUUUAGGAAUACUGCAAAAGUUAAGAGGAUGUUUCUAAGUAAGAUAUUCUAUUAGUGUAGGCAACUACAACAACAUUUCUAGUUUCUCUAGAUUAAGACUACUAUAAAAAUUAGGAGAAAUAGACAUUAUUUUGUUGCAAC